AUGUGAAGAGGCAGUGGAAGUCCAUCAAAAUAAAUCAUGGCAUCAACAUGGAGAAAUGUUUUUUUGGACUCCAGAUUGUGAUAUGAACAUGAAGCCACCUGGUUCGAAGCCAGCUGAAAAUCUUAUUUGUAGGAAACCCUUGAUUGGUCAUUCAUUGCUAGAUGUACCCAUCAUAGCUCACACUGUACUCAAGUCAUAUGAGUGCCAGGGAUUUAAAGACAAACUGUCUAAUUAUGAUGUGCAUGAUUUCCAGUCCCUUCAGAGGCAUGCCAGUGUAAACACUGGGGAGAGAUCCUAUGAACAUAAGCAGUGUGGGAAAGCUUACACUGAUUGCAGUGUAGAAACUCACACUGGAGAGAAGCCCUUUGUAUGUAAAGAGAACUCAGAUGCCUUCAGUAUGCCCAGUUAUGUUCAAAUCCAUGAAAGAAAUCACAGUGGAGUGUAUCCCUAUGUGUAUACACAAUGUGGCAAAGCUUUUAAUUCCCACGACUAUAUUCAAAUACAGGAAAGACCUCAUAGCAGAGAACACUCUGUAUGUAAACAAUGCCAGAAAUCCUUUACUAAUAACACUUCAUUUUGUACACAUGAAAAAACUCAAUCUAAGGAGAAACCAUAUGUAUGUAAGCAUUGUGGAAAAGCUUUUGGCAAACCCAGUAAUUGUCGAAUACAUGAAAAAACUCACAUUGGUGAGAAACCCUAUAUAUGCAAGCAAUGUGGGAAAGCUUUUAGUACGCAUAAGUAUUGUCAAAUACAUGAGAAAAAUCACACUGGAGAGAAACCCUAUAUAUCUUUCACCAGACACAGUGAUUGUCAGAUCCAUGAGAAAACUCACACUGCGGAGAAACCCUAUGUAUGUAAACAGUGUGGGAAAGCAUUUAGAACAUAUAAGUACUGUAAAAUACAUGAAAAAAAUCAUACUGGAGAGAAACCCUACAUAUGCGAACAGUGUGGAAAAGCAUUCACUUCAUUCAGUACACACAAGUAUUGCCAAAUACAUGAAAGGAAUCACAGUGGAGAGAAACCCUAUGUGUGUGAACAGUGUGGAAAAGCAUUCAAUUGCAAGAGUUCAUUUUGUAAGCAUAAAAGAACUCAUACUGGGGAGAAACCCUAUGUAUGUAAGCAAUGUGGUAAAGCUUUCAGGACACAAAGUGAUUGCCACAUACAUGAAAAAAUCCAUACUGGACAGAAACCCUAUUUAU